CAUCGUGGGGAGACGUCGCGGGGAGAGACGUCGCGGGGAGACGCGCGGAGAAAAUCAAAGACGCCUGCGAUUGUAAGGAGACAGCGGAGACGCCGAGACACGACGACGAAGACGCAGAGGCGCACGUGCACACGCGGAGCGCAGAAGACGCGGCCACCGCGGAGACGGUCGAGUCAAGGGCGACACCGGGAGACGACGACCCCAGCUCGAGAAGAUAAAACGACAACAACAACAACAACAAACUCACAGCCACAACAAAUCUCUCCCCGCGUCUCUGUGCGCCCUCUCUCCCGUCGACCGCGGCCAGCUGCCAUGGAGCCUCUCCACCCGUGCCGCGUCGCCCUCUCGCUGCUCCUCUUCUGCUGGGCGCCUCUCGCCCUCUCCUCGUCCUCCCAGCAGCAGCAGCAGCAGGCGGCGGCGAGGCCGCCGUGCUGGGAGGCGAUAGUGCGCUGCAGCCAGGAGGCGGAGUGCAAGCGCGCCUACGACGGCUACGUCUCCGCCUGCCACGCGGUGCGCGGCGGCGACGCCGCUUCUUUCGGCGGCGGUGGAGGUCGCGGUGGAGCUCUGGAAGGUGCUGGCAGACACGGCGGAGGUGGACACGGCGGAGGUGGAGGAGGUUCGGACGACGGCUGGCGCGACGGAGACCCGGCGGGUGCGGGUCCCGGGCGGGGCGGUGGAAGGGGCCGAGCGGGCGGGGCCGCCUCGCUCCGCUGCCCGAGCCUGUGCAUCACGGCGCUGGUCCAACUCAACCGGACCCGCUCGGGGCCCGCGCUCGAGAGCUGCGACUGCGGCCGGGAGCCGCGCUGCCUGCGCACCAAGAGCGCCCUCGAGCCCUGCCUGCCGCGCACGUUCACGGCCGCGGCGGCGGCGGACACCGGCGGCGGCGGUGGUGGUGGCCGCCGCCGGGUGGUGGUGGGCUGCACCGACGCGAGGCAUCGGUGCCUGGAGGAGCCGCGCUGCAGCGCCACGCUGGACGAGUACCUGCGGGGCUGCGGGCAGCUCUUCAACGGGGCGCGCUGCUCCCCGCAGUGCCGCGCCGUCAUCGAGCGCAUGCUGAGUCUGCAGGGCGCGCGGCAGCUCAGCGACUGCGUCUGCGACGGCAUCGAGAGGCCGUUCUGCGAGGCGGUGAAGCGGAACAUGGCGGAGUUGUGCUUCGACGGAGAGGACUUCCUGGCCGGGAGCGGGGACUUUGGCUCCUACGGUGGUGAUGGUGAUGAUGAUGACGACGAUGGCGAUGAUGACGACGGCGGCGGUGGUGGUGGUGUUGUUGGUGGUGUUGGUGGUGGUGCUGUUGUUGAUCAUCGUCAUCGCGGUGGAGGUGACGCAGGAGGAGGAGGAGGAGGUGGUGGAGGUGCUCGCCGGGUGGACUGCCCGCCGGCCGGGGCCGCGUCCCCGCGACUCGCGGCGCCGCUGCUCGUGGCCGCGCUGCUGCUCGUGGCCGCCACGUAGAGACGGCGGCGGCCACUGCUGCUGCACGCGCCACCACGAUCGACGCGCUUUUAUUUAUUAUACAGCUGGAGCGGGGUGCGUACGACUGUGUGAGUGUGUGUGAGUGGUGUGCGUCCGACUGUGUGAGUGUGUGUGGGGUGUGUCCGACUGUGUGAGUGUGUGUGAGUGGUGUGUGUCCGACUGUGUGAGUGUGUGUGAGUGGUGUGUGUCCGACUGUGUGAGUGUGUGUGAGUGGUGUGUGUCCGACUGUGUGAGUGUGUGUGAGUGGUGUGUGUCCGACUGUGUGAGUGUGUGUGAGUAGUGUGUCCGACUGUGUGAGUGUGGUGUGUGUCCGACUGUGUGUGUGUCCGACUGUGUGUGUGUGUGGUGUGUGCGACUGUGUGUGUGGUGUGCGUCAAACUGUGUGUGGUGUGUGUCCGACUAUGUGUGAGUGGUGUGUGUCCGACUGUGUGAGUUGUGUGUGUACAGCGGUAAGCGCGCUGCGCUCCGAACCCGGCUACCCAAGUUCGAUUCCCGCUCACGGCCAACACCGGUGACGAUUACUUGAACCGGUCCUGGGCCUCCCCUAGGUAGACUCAGCCUCAAACGAGUACCCGGUGCGGUGUCUAAACAUCGCCACUGGGGAGACAAAGGCGGCCGGGCGUGGUGCUGGCCACCCACCCCCUCGUGUGCCGUGCCGGCGUUCAUAGGUGCUGCUCGCUAACAGCACUUGCCCCAACAGUCUAUCAAGGCUACACGGAGGAUCUUUGUUUUUGUACGGUGUGUAUAGCAGGGAGCGGUGGGGGAGCGGUUAGCGCUACGCUGCGCUACGAACCCGGCGACCCGAGUUCGAUUCCCGCUCACGGCCGCCAACACCCAGUGACGAUUAUUUGAACCGGUCCUGGGGCCUCCCCUAGGUCGACUCAGCCUCAAACGAGUUCCCGGCUGCGGUGUGUAGUAAACAUCGUCACUGGGGGAGACAAAGGCGGCCGGGCGUGGGGCUGGCCGCCCACCCCCGCGCGUGCCGUGCCGCCCUCCGGCGGGCUCAGUCCGAGACAUCGAGAGCCGAGCUCACCCCAGGCCGUGAUGGUGCGGCCGGGCUGUG